AAAUGAAAUUUUGCAUUUGUGUUUAAUUCUGCUUUUCUGCUGUUAACAUUUUAUUGUAAUACGACUUAGUGUAAACAAAAGAAUUGGGUUGAACUUGGACAUAAUUAAGAAAAUGCAUUCACGUUUUCUCUCAGCAGAUGGGAAAAGCAGGUCUAGCCCAGCCUUUAAGGCAUGUUGUUAUUCUGACACAGUUCGUGUUGGUGGGUUGGUUUGUGGCGUCUGGUUUGUGUUGUUUAGAAGAUGUUCAUCCGGGGAAUUGUACCUGCAAACCUUUUGGCCGCACCCGGAUCAGGGUAACUUGUACGGGAAUUAAGCAAGUGCCACGUGAUUUACCGUCCAAUACGGCAAAGUUAACUCUCUCGGCAAAUCAUUUGAGGUCGAUAGAAGAAGACGCCUUUAGAAAUCUAACAUUACUUAAGGCCAUAGAUCUUUCAAGGAACAGCUUGAAGUCUAUUCCACAAAACACUUUCCGGAAUCUGAAUCUACUGACAAACAUGCAAGUAGAGUUAAUCUGAUUUGUGUUACAGUCAAACUGGAUCUUUGGUUACGAGCUCUCUCAAUGUGCCAUGUAAAUUUGCUUUGCCUAACUUGCUGUAUAUUGUUAGUUCAACGUUAGACCCACUCUAGAGAUUCGACUAUUCCACAAUUUGAGUCGUGUCCACUCGUGUAGACUCGUCAUGAGGAGACGAAAUUUUCUAACCUCUACCCUCCCCCGUCUAAAUCACCUAAAAAGGGCGUUUAUGCUAAUUCUUACCCUGUGGACAGGACUUUUCCGUGAGUCGAGUCGUGUCAUCUUUGUGGACUCGUCACGAUUUCCUAUUUCCGUCCCCCCUCCACCUCACCUUCUAAAACCGCUAUAGGGCGCUUUUAUAGAAGUUGACGCGACUUAAACUUUCCCAUAAGUGGCAGCGCGUCGGCUCUUCAGUACUUUUACUUCCUCUUUUACAAAUCACCGCACUCCCAGUGUGUUACGCCGGGAACAUAUCACUUUCUGGUUACUUGUAACCUCGAGGGAAGUAAAUUCGACGACUAGAUUCUGAUGUUUACGACAUAACUUUCAAUAAGUCGAGUCGACUACAAAGUUAGAUGACUCAUCUCACCUUGGGUGCAUUUGACAACCCUCGCAUUAGUGCAAUUUCACAUUGUGCAUUUGUAUACGCAUGGUUAUCCUCGUGCAAUUUGGAACUGAAACAAACACUAGUAAAUUUUUCAAAGGCUAACAAAAUUUCAUCAGCAAGUGCAGGUUGUAGUCUGAAAGAAUUCACUAGUGCUUGUUUAUUCCAAAGUGCACGAGAAUAAUCAUGCGAUUACUUUUUUUGUUACCAUAAACUUUAUUGGUUUUCUGCACUACC